AUGCCCGCUUGCGCGGCCGGCGGCGCGGAGGCGGUGCUCCUCGGGAAGGGCCGGUACAAGGUCUGGGCCUUGGCCGCCAUCGCGCUCCUCGCGCUCUGGUCCAUGUCCGCCGCCUCCGUCUCGCUCCGCUGGUCCUCCUCGGGCGACCUCGCCUCCGUCUACGGGGACCUGGACGUCCCGCUCGCCGAGGACCUCGAUUCCCUCGAGGCGUUUGAGGCUGCAUACAAGGAACUUGCUGGUGAUGAUGUGCAGGUCCGUGAUGCAGCUAUCUCUGAGAUUGCCCGAAUGUCAACCCACAAACUUGAACUCAAGCAGACAUUGAAUGAGAAUGAGGUCGCAUCAGGAGACUCAAGGAACCGGAUUGCUAUGAUGUGA